AUGGUUGAGUACGACCUGGAGGACAUUGACCGCGAGUGGCUGCGGCAAGCGAACCGGGAACGAGCCGAGAGCGGAGUCGCGUCAGAUGUGUCGGCGAAUGUACUGGAGACGAUUGUGGACGGGCUGGAGAAGGAGUGGUUUGACCUGACCAAGGACGCGCAGAAGGCAAUCUCGGCGCAGCACCAGGAGCAGCUGCCAGCCGAGGACGCGGCGUGUGCGAUCUGCGGCGAGGAGGAGUGCGACAACACAAACGCAAUUGUGUUCUGCGACGGCUGCAAUCUGGCGGUCCACCAGGACUGCUACGGAGUGCCGUAUAUCCCCGAGGGCCAGUGGCUGUGCCGACGGUGCAUGCUGGCGCCUGACAAGGCCGUCGCGUGCAUGUUCUGUCCGCAGCGCGGCGGGGCAUUCAAGAAGACCACAGCCAACAAGUGGGCGCACCUGCUGUGUGCGCUGUGGAUCCCCGAGGUGGGCAUAGCCAACACCGUCUACAUGGAGCCGAUCGACUCGGUGGACCAGAUCCCGCGGUCUCGCUGGCGCCUGUACUGCCACCUGUGCCACCGCAAGCAGGGCGCGUGCAUCCAGUGCGCCCACCGGCAGUGCGUGACGGCCUUCCAUGCCACGUGCGCGCGCAAGGCCCGGCUCGCCAUGAUCCGGAAACCACGCGGCAGUUCCAGGCGGCCAGCCGUGGCAGCACCGAUGCGUCGCUGCGGCUGA